AUGCCAGAACUGAGAGACCCAAGUCCGAUUCAUGUCCGGCUCCAUCCACACUGUGGUACCUGUGGAACGUUGUUUGAGCCUGGUGAUAAUAUCACCGCUUUGAAAUAUGAUCGGAAUUCCCUCAUAACGAUUGAUGCUCGACAAUUCCCGGACUCCGAUGGUCCACGCCUUCCAGAGGUCUGGGAUGUCUCUGCGGCAGGUAGGCGUUAUCAAUUUUGCCGCAUGGGAUACUGCCCCAUGUGUGGCGUCAACAAUGAAAGCAUAACUUGCCAUUCCGAUUGUUUCAACCUUUGUUUGAAAAAUAUGCAAAAUGGUGAUGGCCUCCGCAAGCUGUGGGUUGCAGCCACUUGGAGAUACCCUUUGGCUGGUUGCCCAGAGUUGCGCUUACCCCCAGUGGAUAAUGUCAUGAGUUAUAUGGACUGUGCAAAGGAAGCAUUGGAGUGGCCUGAUCUUGCGAAGCUUCCACUUGAGCUGAAGACAGAUAUCGUCAAGCUCAGUGGCCCAACUGCGAUUGGGCGCUACGCAUCAGUCCUUCAACUCAUGAGAGAAUUGGCCUCAGACCAACCAUUAGACGCCACUCUUCCCCUUGACAACAUACAGUCCUGGAACCGAGGUGGCAAACUAAUAGUAUCCCCUGCCAAGGAUGGACAAGAAAUUCAACUGAUCAUUGACGCUCAAGGACUCAUGGAGAUCCGUUGGGUUGCUGAGCCGAUGGAGGACCUUACCGUCCGCUCUGAUCACUUCCUUUACAUCACUGGACCUGUCGAGCAAUUCUCAAGCAUCAAAGUUGAUUUCAAGUGUGGCCUUGCUCGGUUGAUAGUUCCAGUUAGACAAGAGCUCAGCCUUUGGGAUUCUCCUGCUACCCCCCAACGUAGAACGACAGUCGCAGGGGAUGAGCCUUCGCAUAACUAUCCCUGGAAUCUUAUGCCCAAGCUUCCUAUAAGUCGCUUUGCAACUAUCGAUCUCCGGCGAUGCGAUGGCCUUACCUUUUUCAUUGUUCCCAGUGGAGUGCAUGCAGUUCAUGCGCACACGCCGGAAAGCCCCGACGCUGUUGAGGCCUUUGAGCGCCUGAGGCUCUACUACGAUGGUCCUGUCACUUGGUUCUAUAUGCCUUUGGCAGCGGACGAUGAGGUUCUUGCAGUUGGCCUCCGGGCCCGGCGAUCUGGCCCCCUUGAGUUGACUCCUACUCUUCUGGUUCACCUUCGAUCUGGACACUACGUCAUCGGACCACACCGCAGCGGGGCAGUGUCCGAUGUAUUAGUUCAGACCCGUGGACGUCCUGUUCUAAUCUACGAACCAUCUUCAUCUAUUCAGCUUGUGCCCUAUAUCAAUCAAAUUGCGGUUUCCCCCCAGACGGGCGUCAAAGCACACUAUCGCUACAUUCGUACACGACCAUCGUGUCCACUUGAUUUCGGCUGUCUCUCCUCAGCCCCAUUAGAAGACGUGGUAUCAAUUGACGUGUUCCGCAGCGCGGACAACGGAACCUGCACAGGUAUGAUGUUCACAUAUCGUGACGGGAGGCAGAGGUCUCUUGGCCAGUGCCGUUUGGGCCUGGAUGUUGUAUCCACUUAUGAGAAGCCAGCCAAGCUGUAUCAUGCCCUCCGUCCGCAUACUACAGGCUGGACUAGAGGAGGAUAUGGAGCGGUUUAUGUUGAUAUCGCAACUAAGGAACAUCCUGAUCUUGGGACGUUUUAUCCGCAGGAAGUUGGCAGGGGGCCUACGCAGUUCUGGGCUCACUCUGAAAUGCGGGGGGUUGUGAAUUUUUGGAGCAAGGGGAGUGACUCUUUUCUCAAGGUUGAUACGUCUGAGGUGGCUGAACCUGAAGAGAUGCUCGAAUUUGUCCCGGAGAUUCGUGACGGGUUGUGCAGAGUGCGGGAACUAGCAGUAGAAUCGCUGAGUGAUCACGUUUCCGAUGGAUAA